GCGGUGAUGCGGCCAGGCUUGAGGUCUUUCAAAAGCUGGGAUCUUCGCCUGCUUGGAACUCUCAUACGACCCAACAGCCAUCCUACCCUCCGAGCAUUGCCACUCCAGCGCAGCGGCCCCUGGCUCGCGUCAUGGCGCCUCACAGAGGGACAACGGAGAGGAGCGAAGACCACCUCAAGGAAGAAGGUCAGGGAGUUGCAACAAGGGGCAAUUCAGGGUGAAGCCCUGCCUGAACUGCCCGGCGAUGACGAACCUCAAUAUCCUACCCUCCUGCAGGGCGUGAAGAAUAAUAUUGCCAAAUUUGACAACUGCGUUCUCCUUACAAGAGUUGGUAACUUCUACGAAAUGUAUUUUGAGCAAGCAGAAGAGUUUGGACCGUUGUUGAGUCUUAAAGUGGCCUACAGGCAGACGAAGCUCGGUCCUGUGGCGAUGGCAGGCUUCCCCUUCUUCCAGCUGGAUCGGUUCUUGAAGACACUGGUUCACGAUCUGCACAAAUAUGUUGCCAUAUGUGAGGAGUUUCUCAUCCCUGUCUCUAGCAAAGUCAAGUCUGGCGGGCUGAAGCAUGACAGACGAGUCACUCGAGUGGUCACUCCAGGCACAUUGAUUGAUGAAAAAUUCCUCGACCCGUAUGAGAAUAAUUUUCUGCUGUCAGUACAUCCAGAACCAGCCCUACACGCCGAUGGUGAUAGCCACGAAGUCCAUGGUACGGAUACUGAGCAGCAUGUUGGGCUUGCUUGGUUGGACCUGUCUACCGGUGACUUCUUUACUCAGACCAUUGCCCGCAGUUCUCUGUCAUCGGCUUUGACUCGAAUCUCUCCGCAAGAGAUCAUUCUCCCUUAUGGCGUGGCAGAAGAUGUAGAGAAUGAAAUCCAACAGAUCGUCGGACAUGACCAUCGGCUGCUCACAUUGCAUCAAUCAGAGACUCAAUUCAGUUCGAUGAAUGAGUGGAACACUAUGUUGGUGUCUGCGGUACAAGAUGAUGCCGACACCAUUUUCAAACAUGGAGAGAAGCAAGCCGGUAACCUCUUGUUGGACUAUGUUCGUCUUCGGCUGCAAGGACUACAGCUGCGACUGCAGCCCCCUCGUCACAUAGAGCUUCACGAGAUUCUGAGCAUAGAUCGAAACAGUCUGCGUGGACUGGAAAUCCUUGAAACUGCAAGAGACGGUCUCGGGAGAGGCAGCCUAUUUCAUGCUGUAAAGAGGACAGUCACAAAGAGUGGCUCGCGUCUCCUUCGAGACCGCCUGACAUGCCCAUCUGCCUCUCUGCCAGAGAUCAAUGAUCGUCUGGAUCUCGUUUCAGCUUUCUUCGAGUCGGAGGAGCUGACAGAGUCAUUGGUCUUCAGGCUACGUCGGACUUAUGAUGUCCAACGGAUCGUGCAGAAGUUUGCACUCAACAAAGGCGAUGCAGACGACAUGCUGUCGCUAGCGAGUGCGAUUUCUGAAACUGUCUCGACCCGUGAUCUUCUGCAGUCCGCCUUUCCAGCAACGGAAAGAUCCCGGGCCAGUAUCAUUGAGUCAGAAAACCAGAUCAAACCACUUCAGAAGCUCCUCCAACGAUUUGACCUGGACGACCCUGUUGAGCUUCAGAUCCGGAUCGUCUCUGCCAUUGACGAAGAGGGACUGCAGCAGAAGCAUCGCCUGGAGGAAGAUGAAGCAGCCAGUGUAGCGGCAUUAGCUCAUGAUGUUGUCCUUCAAAGCGCACCAGAGGAGCUCGAGUCGAUGCCAAAAGCUGUCAGGUCCAGAACCAAGUCUGAAGACAACAAGGAUGACAUUGUUUUGGAAGAGCCUUGGAUCAUGCGUCGAGACGCUAGCGACAUAAUGCUACGUUUACAUCAGGAUCUUGAUGGUUUGGAAGCCGAGAAAGUCGUUCUCGCCGAAAGGCUGCGGAACGAACUUUCAGCACCAACAUUGACGCUCAAAUCAACGCCGGGGCUCGGCUACAUCUGCCACAUCCGAAGCGCCAACGGCUUCAACAGAGAUAAGUUGGAAGCUUUGCAAGCAAGGAUGGUCUCUUCUUCCAAGAGCACGCGGUCGUUCUACCUGAAUGACUGGACCCGGCUGGGCCGCAGAAUUGACCAAGCCAUUUUCAACAUCAGAGACGAAGAGAAAAGGAUAUUCGCAUCCUUGCGAGAAGACGUUAUUCACAAUCUAGUCAAAUUGCGUCGCAAUGCAGCAGUCAUGGACGAAUUAGACGUGGCUAGUGCAUUUGCUACAAUGGCCAAGGAACAAUCAUGGGUUCGUCCUGUACUCAACAAUGGCACUGAGCACAAAAUCAUAGGAGGACGCCACCCGACUGUCAAGCUAGGUCUGGAAGAGCAAGGCCGGUCAUUCGUCAGCAACAAUCUUGUUCUCGACUCCAAUGAGCGAAUCUGGCUUGUGACUGGGCCCAACAUGGGCGGAAAGAGCACGUUUCUUCGACAGAAUGCCUUGAUCACGAUUCUCGCUCAAGCGGGUUCGUAUGUUCCAGCCACAUAUGCGGAAAUCGGGCUUGUGGACCAGAUCUUCAGUCGCAUUGGUGCUGCCGACGACUUGUUCCGUGACCAAUCUACCUUUAUGGUGGAGAUGUUGGAGACGGCAGCCAUCUUGAAGCACGCAACGCCAAGGUCAUUCGUGAUCAUGGAUGAAGUUGGACGCGGGACUACUCCUGAGGACGGCACAGCAGUGGGAUACGCGAGUCUUCACCACCUGUAUUAUACCAACAAGUGUCGGACGCUGUUUGCGACGCAUUUCCACGCUUUGGCGGAUAUGACACGAGACUGGAAGCAAUUGGCAUGUUACUGUACGGAUGUGCUGGAAGAAGAGAAUGGGUCUUUUGCCUUUGUGCACCGACUGCGAAAGGGUAUUAAUCGACAAUCCCACGCACUGAAAGUGGCCAAAUUGGCUGGUCUGCCCCCAAGUGCACUGAAAGUCGCGGAAGAUGUUCUGAAGCAGCUUGCUGAAGAGCGGAGUAAUCUACAGGCGAACACUAUCCAUGGUCAGGAAAAGGACAAAGCAUCCACAACGGCAAUUGAGUGACUUAGACCAAUAGGUCACUCGGGAGGGAAUCUCGGCGGCUGUUGUAUCUCUCCCUCUGCAGGUUUUGAGGUGGCCACUGUCCCGCAGUUCUUACACGUUCUGGCGUCCAUGUCGUUUUCGAAAGCCAAUACACCCUCUUUGAUCUGCGUGCCCAGAUCUGUCAAAUGGAAGCUCGCCUCGUGCACGAUAUUAUGACAGUUCUUGCAAUACCACCGCAUCGUGUCGACUGAAUCUUCUUGUCGCGGCUGCUCCAGGACCACCCCAACUGUAUCCGCGAAUCGGACGGGAUUAUGAGGAGUGUUGGCGGGUAAGAGGUACAGCGAAUUCUCAUGGAUGGGGAUGUCUACUGGGGUGUGAGGCGACGUUGAUGUGUCCAUGGUCUUGAGGAGCAUGGAACCUUUGUGCUGGUAGAAGAAUUCUGGAGUGGUGUUGAUGUGGUAGUCUGUUCGAGCGUUGGGCCCGCCGACGACCAUGACCGUCAGGCCACCUGAGGAGGGUGACGAGGGAUGGUAGACGCAGUAGUUGUUGAUAGGAGGUUUAAGGAGGUGAGAAUUGUCUUUGAGCCUGGAAGGCAGUCAGUCUGCGGGCGUAGAAUAGUGUAUCAAUAGAACAGGACUUGCCAUUUGGGCAGGUUCAAUGCGGCCAUGUCGA